GCCGAAGCGGCGCACAUUUGGCACCAGGCUGCAUCAUCAUCAUGGCAACGCCACGUACUCGGUCCACAAGUGUGCGUUCGACACCCGCGAGCCGAUCGCACAGUCCACCCCCCAGCGAAACGGAUUGGAUGGACGAAGAGAACGACGUGUUCUUCGAUUACUUGAGCGGUAGUAAUGCCAACACGACCAGUAGCAGCGACAGUUCCAAGGUUCCUUCUGUGGCCCCACCCGCAGCACCUGGUACACCAGCAUUGCCUGCUGUGCCCUCGACAACAGCAUCUGAAUCUCAAUCAACGUCGCCAACGAUAGUAUCUCUGUCGACUUCCACCAUCAAUGCCAUCGAGGGGGUGGUCCUUCCGUUAAGCACAGCUACCAUCACCUCCCUUCGCUCCACCACCAUCGCCCCCAUCGCGCGAGCAGACAGUUUGCUCCCCACCUUUGCAGACACAUUGCGCCAUUCGAUCCCUCGAAGCGGGGAUGUGGUCAACGCCAACUUGAUGGAGAGUCGACAAGAAAGCAGCGAACCACAAUCGUACGACGGCGAUCACGACGAUAACCAUGACAUGAAGACUGUCGUCACGAUGCAAGCCAACUUGGACCUGGCGAUCACGACCCUCGGCGUGCUCCACGUGCAACUGCUGGCUGCGAAUGGCGCCGUCGAACGGUUACAAGUGGACGUCCACAGAAUCCAGUUGAGUGAAGCGAGGGCAGUGCAGGACGCCGAAUCUGCACGCCAAUCCAUAGACGAAUUGCGAGAACAAUUGCGGCACGCCACAGCUCCAGUCGCCGCCAUUGCCAGCCAAAAGCAUGUUUCCAUCGCCACAUCCACAGACGAACAAAACGUCUGCAGCAUCGGGGGUGAUCAAGGCAUCGCCCAAGCAGUCGCCACGGCUAACGCGUUGAGUCGAGUGCAGGCUGACCUGGAACGAGCGACUGCCACGUGUAAUCAAUGGGAGGCGAGGUGUAAGGCUGCUGCGACAGGCCAAGACGAGGCGCGGGUGGAAGUGGAAGCCAUGAAGGCAAUGUUUGAGGAGGAAAAGCGCGUGCACCUCGAGUGCCAACAGCACCUUCAAGCCGCCAACGUCGAGUGCGCGAACUCGAGACUUCGCGCCGAGGCAGCCGAAGCCCAAUUGGACGACUUGACGGAACGGCUCAGUCAUGUGGAGCGUGAUAAAAGUGCGCUUCAAGUUCAAAUUCAGCUCUUGACAUCCCGCCAACUGGCAGUGCAGCACAUUGUUGUCCAUGGCGUCGUCGAGAAACAGCAGCGAGUCAAAGACGCGUGGCAGCAUACCAAGCGAGUGGUGGCGUCGGAAUGCAAAAAGACUAAGUCGUUGUUCGCAAAAUGGAGCAAUGAGUGCAUGGAAAUAUGCUUGCGACACAACGAUCGGCAAGUGGACGUGGCGCAAAAGGUGGCGACGCUGGGGCUGUGGCAACAGCAACUUCGAACGGAACGUAGUAAAACCAUGGGGUUGCAACAGCAACUGUGGAAAGCCACGUCGAAACACGAACGAAUGACCCAGCAACUUCGGGACGAACUCGACGAAACCAGGGACCAUUUGCAAGUUCUCAUGCAAGUCAAGGUUGGCCUCGUGGCGGACGGCCAAGCUUCGCGAGAAAAGAUAAGUCAAGCCGACGCGGCCGCGGCCGCGUUGCGCUAUGAAACUGCGCGGCUGACAAAGCUCAACAUGACCUUGCAUCAACAGAUCCAGAUUCUGCAGCACACACAUGCAAGAGACAUGGAACGAGCGAUGUGCAACCAACACGGCCCGCGGGCCAAGCGAGGUCUCCCCUCCACCUCCUCCGUAAACCAAGAGAGUGAGGAAUCCCCGACUCCGGAAGGCAAGUAGUACGACGUGCGUGCGUGCAUGGCUCAUGCUGCCUGUAGACUGGUGCUCAUUCCUUGAUCUUGUCAUGGUUCAUCACCAAGAGGUGCGACCACUGGCAAGUGCAGCGUCCUCCCAAGAGGUCUCCGGAUAAGAUAUGUCGUCUUCUGAGUUUUAUAGUUAGCCGGAACAAGAAAUUUAAAUGGAUACUACUGACUGUGAA